ACAGCGAGUCAGUCUCAUCGGUCGUCUCUCUGUUUUUCUAAAAAGAGAUUUAUUUCAAUUUGUUAUUUUAAUUUUUACAAUAGUUUAAUAUUUUACAGGUUAUUUCAUUAAAAAUGUUUUAUUUUUUCAUAUUUUCAUUACAUUUUCUAGAUUCUUUUAAUUUGUUUUCUUUCAGAAUUCGCAGGUUGAAGACUCACUGAUUGGAUUUAUUUUGAUGAUCAUUCGCAUUUCUAACCAUUUUGAUCAUCUGAAUUUUUCCGAUUUUUUAACUUCUUAUUUUUAUUUAGUGUUAAUGUUAGUGUUAAUGUUAGUGUUAAGUAUUUUGCAGCUUUUACAGAACUUUUGAGCAAAACAGGGAAAACAUUCUUACUUUUUCUUUUUUAUUGUCAGCCUUAAACAUCAUAACGUUUCUGUCCGUCAGGAUUUCCACAGAUUUCCACAGUUUUCCUCCCUCAGACCUUCACUCUGCUCUGUGUAAUGAUGAGUGUUCCCAUGCUGAAGAUGGGUCUGGUGCUCAGUACCAUGGCCAUGCUGACUAACUGGAUGUCUCAGACGCUCCCCAGACUGGUGGGACUGGAUCCGACGGCGGCUCGUCUGGGAAACUCCGAGAAGUUCAUCAGCGUGGUGUAUCCGGGACAGGAUGAAGGCUGGCAGGUCUUCGGUUCUGUGUCAGAUGUAGGAGGGAAGUGUGUGUGUAAGCUCCUCGCCCCCCCGCCGAACCACUGCCGGAAAGAACCAAGACACACUCGCCUUCGCCAAAUCACAGAGCAUCUCCAGAAUGUGACUCAGUAUUUGGAGCUAUUGGAUUGGCGAACAUCUCGAGAUCUGCAACAUAUCAGAGACACAGAGAAGAAGAUCAUCAGUGUGGAAAUGAGAGUGAAGACUGCACUCAGUAACCCUUACACUGUCACUCAAGAAGUGUUAAAGGACCUGGAACAGAGUGUGCUGGAGAGUGUUCCUCUGCGUGCUGUGUUGGCUCGGUUCCGCUCUGAGGUGCUGAAGGUGGAAGUGUUGAAGCGGGAGAUGGCGAGAGUGAGCUCGAGUCUCACCCAGGAGCAGACCCUCACCUACAGCAGCGUUCAACAGCUGGAGCAGAGAGAGAUACAGCUGCAGAGCCGACUACACACCUGCGCUAGCUCAGUUGGUUGUGGAAAGCUAAUGGGACUCAGUAACCCGGUCACCAUCAGGUCCUUUGGGUCCCGUUUUGGCUCUUGGAUGAUGGACAGUAUGAUUUCCAGCUCUGAUGAACGAGUCUGGUCCAUGGACGGCUACUUCAGAGGAAAGCGUGUGUUUGAAUACAGGACGCUGAGGGACUUCACUACAGGACACAACUUUGUGGUCCAUCAGCUUCCUCAUCCGUGGGCGGGUACAGGUCAUGUGGUGUAUAACGGCUCUCUCUACUACAAUAAACACCAGACUAACGUUAUUGUGCGAUAUCACCUGCUGUCUCGCAGCGUUCUAACACAGCGCACUCUCUCUCAAGCCGCUUACAACAACACCUUCCCGUACUCUUGGGGCGGAUCCUCCGACAUUGACCUCAUGGCAGAUGAGAGCGGUCUCUGGGCGGUCUACACCACCCUGAUGCAUGGGGGAAACAUGGUGCUGAGCCGCCUAGAUCCUGUCACCCUGGACUUGGUACAGUCCUGGGACACCGGCUUCCCCAAGCGUAGCGCCGGAGAAGCUUUCAUCGUCUGUGGCUCGCUCUAUGUCACCGAUUCGCACCUAAAUGGAGCCAAGAUCCACUUCAUCUACCACACGGACAGCCAGAUGUAUGAAUACACACACAUCCCCUUCCACAACCAGUACUCACACAUCUCCAUGAUGGACUACAACCCCAGAGAAAAGGUGCUGUAUGCCUGGAACAACGGACAUCAGGUCAUCUAUAACAUCACGCUCCUGCAAGAGAUCAAGACUUUCACAGAUGUGUAGAUAACAGAGGAGAGGUGAGAAGGAGCUAAAGGAGGAACAAUGGAUGGGAGUAAUGUAGAAAGGAAGUAGGUAGAAGGAAGGAAAUAAGUAAGAGCAGAAGGCAUUUAGAGAAGACAGAAAAAGGUUAUGAAGGAUAGAGGCAAAGAAGGAAGUGAGGAAUGAAGAAUUUUCAACAACAAACAAGCUUAAUGAGUAAAGCAGGAAAUGAUGCUAGAAACUUACCCAUAGUCCUCCACCAAGCAUGCCACAGGGUGCCAAAAUCACUGGUUCCUGAUAUUAGUUCCUCCUUUUGCCAGUUCUCCAUGAGCCAAGCAGGAAGCAGGACUGUGUGGAAUAAUAAUAAUAAUAAUGUGCGUGUGUGUGUGUGUAUAUGUGUGUGUGUGUGUGUGUGUGUGUGUGUGUGUGUGUGUGUGUGUGUGAUCAUGUAAAAACCUCAGUGUCAUCUGAACUGAAUUUCUGUCUGCAUGAAGUUGACAUUUUACACA